UCCAACUUUAAUUCAGCUUUUUACUUCUGUUUCAAUUUGAUUUUAAAACAUGCUUUGCUUUAAUAGAUUCCUAUUAUCUGUAUGAUCAUGAUGUUUUUAGUUUUAUUUACAAGUCUGUCAAUAUUUUUAUCAGCAGCAUAUUUCAACUUAAAUUAUUCAGAAUCUAUUUCCAGAUUACCAGCAGCAGUAUCAAGCAGGAAAAAGCACAAGUCACCCUAAAACUCUACUAUAACAGGUACUUUUGAAGACCUGUCAUCUGAUCAGCCCUUAGCCAUUUCCUGGAUGUUUAUCAGAAUUCUCUGUGAUACAAAGUCAGAUACUACAAUACUAAUAUUGAGUCAGAUACUCAAAUUCUAAUAACCUUGAAAAUGCACACUAAUGCUUUUUCAGUAGUAUUAACUUCAUCUUCAUUCUUUAGUUUUUUACUGCUGAAUUCUACACAGCCUUUUUCCUUCAUCAUUUUGACUCAAACCAAUGUUUGUUACUGAUUUAUAACCACAUUGUAAUACUGAUAUUUAUUAGAUGCUGAAAGCUUUUGUCCUGGUAAACAUACCGGGAAGGAUUUUUGGUUUAAAUUAUUUGCAACUGAAAAAUUGUGUUAACAUUUUCUUAUCACAUUACAUCAAUUUUUUUUGCAACUUUUUGAAGGUAUAAUCCAUUUGUCUCCAGCACCCCCUCUUCAUGGCAUUAGUUUAAGACAGCUCUACCUGCUGCCUUUAGUCUCCAAAAGAGAACAGUUCUAGAUGGGAAGCAGGGGGUAGGGAGCUGCCCAUCCUUUCCAUCAUCAGUAUUGCCACUCAGAUCAUAUCUUCAGUCUCACAUUACUGGAGCAGCCACAGGCUUUUGUCCAAUCAUUUUUUUGGUCUUAGAAUUAGAAAAUCUCGAAACAUAUUCAAUUUUUCAGCAUCUUUCCCUGAUGUUUCCCACUUCGAGCUUCACGUCAUUUUUGCCUAUGUUCUCAAAAAUGGCUGACACAUAUUUGCUGAAACGCUAAAUAAAAACAUCAAAGAUGAACAUCACACAUAGAAGUUUUCAGUUCCAAUUAAGAAAAAUAUUCAUAGUGAUGAUGCAAAUGAUGAGAAAAAAUUGUAUGUGCAAUUUCUGGGUUCAAGUUUAAGUUCUUAAAAAUAUCAAAGUCAAUAUUUUACAAUUUGUAUCAGAGCAGUGCUUGGGAAAGUAAAUGAAGAUUAUUCUCUUAUGUACUAAGCACUCUACAUACAUCGUUUUAAAAUAUAAAAGUUGUCACUAACCAAUGCAUCAGUGAAAAUAAAUAAACAGUUAUGUAAAUUUACAGUGGGUUUAACUACUAAACCCAGAUUUUAGACUUGGGAACAUUCUAUAACAAUAUCCUCAGUGACAGGGUUGCAGUGGGCUACUGGAAAUAAUUACUGGUCCAAUCAAUGCACAGUGCCACUGGUAAGAGACCUACAAGUGCACCUUCUUUCCUGAUCGGUGGUUUGUUUUCCUGGAGCCUGCAAUAGCAGAUUCCCACAGUCACUGUCACAGAUGCCUGCAGACCUGCAGAUGACCUUGGAUUCUCAUCACCUGAAUACUGGUAACAAGUGUUUUGUGGCUUCCCAGCCUGGGGAGAAAUGAACCGGGGAGAAGCCAGGCACCUUUUGCAGAGGAGCUGACAGGAGGGGUUGAUGUGCGACUUCUUCGAGAGCUUGUCAACCCUCAUCGGUAACUUCGGUGUUUCCUGCUUUGGUUCUGUUACCUGGUGCAAUAGAAGAGACAUGGGCGCAAAGACCGGAUUUGGGGACACGCCAUGUCUGAAGAGCUCGACAACGAGAGCUGAUUCUGCCUCGGCUGUCGGGCAGAGCAGAGCCGAUUGAGGGCAGAAAGCAGCUUUUUGGGGGUUUCUACGGGGGCUGGCUUUGGUUAAGUUUGACAGGCCGGGCAGAAGCACGCAUCUUCCAGCAGAGGCCACGCUGCGAUCUCUUCGUGGGAGAGCUGCCGUGGGCAAGGCCAGGCGGCCGGCAGGAUGCAGGGCUGGAGGAGGCCCCAAUGGGACGCGCUGCUGAGAGGCGCCGCUUCAAGGGCACCCCGCAGGCCAGACGGGAGCCAUGGAAAAGGGGAAGCGACGCCCUUCACCCCGACACGGGCCUGUGCCAAUGCCGACACCAGCGCCGCCCCUUCCCGGUAACCGCGCCCCGCCGGCGGCCGCUCCGGCACCGCGCCUGCGGGACAUGCGCGGACCCUGCCGGGCUCCUGCCCUGUUUCCCUUCCCCCUGCCUCUUCCUUCCCGCCUUUGCCAUGGCGACACCGAGUGGCCUGAUCCGGGCCCUACACCGCGGGACCCUCGGCCAGAACAUGGCAGUGGAUCGGAUUUUCUCUGGUAUCCAGCCAACUGGGACUCCUCAUCUGGGAAACUACCUUGGAGCCAUUCAGAACUGGGUGAAUCUGCAGGAAAAGUGCAGCUCAGUGCUCUAUAGCAUUAUGGACAUGCACUCUCUCACCAUGCCCAAGGAGCCAGCUGUUCUGCGCCAGAACAUCCUGGACACCACUGCUGCCAUCCUUGCCUGUGGGAUUGACCCAAAGAAGUGUUUCCUGUUUAGGCAGUCACUGGUUCCUGAGCAUGCGGAACUUGCCUGGAUUCUUGGGUGCAUAACUAAUGUGCCACGUCUGCUACGUUUACCCCAGUGGAAGAUGAAGCGUGCCAGCCAGAAUAGCGAAGGAACUGUUGGUUUGUUGACUUACCCUGUGCUUCAAGCAGCAGAUAUUUUGCUGUACAAGUCAACACGUGUUCCUGUUGGAGAAGAUCAAGUCCUGCACCUGGAGCUAGCCCAAGAUAUAGCACAACAUUUCAACAAGAAAUAUGGAGAAUUCUUUCCUGUGCCCAAAGCCAUUUUAAGUACAACAAAGAAAAUAAAAUCCCUCAGAGAUCCGUCAGUGAAGAUGUCCAAGUCAGACCCACAGAAGUUGGCUACUAUUAACAUAGCAGACAGCCCUGAUGAAAUAGUGCUGAAAUUUCGCAAAGCUGUGACUGACUUUACCUCAGAGGUGACCUACGACCCCGCCGCUCGCCCCGGUGUCUCCAAUCUGGUGUCCAUUCACGCUGCAGUAACAGGGCUUAGCAUCAAAGAAGUGGUGCACCAAGCCACCGGUCUCGACACUGCUCACUACAAAAUGGUGGUAGCUGAGUCAGUUAUCCAAAAAUUUGCACCUAUCAGGAAUGAAAUCAAGAAACUCCAGGAAGACAAGUCCCAUCUGAUAAAGGUUUUAGAGGAUGGAGCAGAGAAAGCCAAAGAACUGGCUGUUCCUGUCUAUCAAGAAAUAAGGAGACUGGUGGGAUUUCAAUAGACGCUGCUGAGUAGCUGCAAGGAUUUUUGUAUCAUGGGACAGAGAUUUGUUAUUUGUAAUAAAAUCAUUUAUUAAUUAUUAAUCAUUUUGGUUUGAAACAAAAACUUUUUUUCCUGGAAGAUCCAAGGAGAACAUUGAAUAUGAUUGUAUUAAAAUGUGUAUGAAGCCAGGUAUUUCCAGUGGGACCAGCAUUAAGCUCAUCUGGAUGGUCAGAGGGAGGACAGAGGCAAUCACAAUUCACAAAGAAAUUGUGCAAAAGCAGAUUAUAAGGUUGCCUAUGUUGGUUUUUGGAUUUUUUCACUGCAAGAAGAUGAAGUGUAGGCAAGGUGAUCAGAAUCUAGCAGAAAGAUUUGUAAUCCUCUAAAGAAUGUACUUAUCUGUGUAUGUGAUCUUGUUACACUUGGACAGUUUAUCUUAUUGGGGAUUAUUCAGCUUUGAUAUGGUGAAUUCAACAUGCCUUUAGAUAACCAGAAUAAAAGCAGAGACUUAAAAAUAAAUGCUCGGGAUGAUGAAGAGAGAACUUACGGCUUCUCCUUAUAGUGUCUUCAAAUUCAGUGUGAAUUUUUUUUCUAUCUAUGUAGUUUGUGUGAAGUGAAUUCCACUUCUGCCAUUUGUGCCUUCCUGCUGGUCAGGGCUAAGGUACUUCAGUGAGAAAUGACAUGUGCUUCAGCUGCUCCUAUUUCACCUGCUGUUCUGUUUAGCAGGGAGCUCCAGGAUUUUCAGUUCAGCAGCAAGUCUAGGAUUGCUUUAAGAAAGGUGUAGAAGAGAAGAUGUAAUCCUGAAUCAAAGAAAUCUUGGAUUGAGAAUCAGAUAACUUUCUGUAAAGUUUACAAAAUUGCUUCUUUAAAAACUUGUGCCAAAGUCAGAGCCAGAAUAGUUAAUUAGAUCUUUAUGGACUCUUCACUACUAAGCCUUGAGAAAGUGUAGUGAUGGGAGAACAAUGUUAGCCUGCCCUGAUCUGAAGCCUCAAAAGUUCCACAGACUUGGACCCAUGGAUUGUGGCACUUAUUGGGAAAUGUGUGGCAAAGGGGAAUUGCCAAAAGGAGACACCAUGUUCUGAAGAGGGGUAGUAAUACAUGUUAAAAGGUAAUGAAAGUCCUGUGGCAGCAUAUUUAACUAUGUCAUUACACUUCACAGUGCUGUGUUUGAAAUUGCUGUGCUGUAAUGUAAAUUGAGUUAAUCCUGUACUCUGGGAGCUCAUAACCACUCUAUGCCUGUAGCAUUUGUCAUGAAGGAUUGCAGUCUUACAUGACUGAGUUAGUGAAACUCAGGUGGGUGUUUCUACAUAGUGCAGUUGGUUGGUUAGUUGUUCUGGGUUUUUUCUAAAAAGCAGUAUUUAGUUAAUUAUAAUGAGUUGAUUCAGAAAGAAAUAUUUAAUUUUCCAAAACAUAAAGUUGAGGACUGAGUGUAUCCAAAUCUGUGCUGAGACCUGUAUUUAUUUGUUAGGGAUCUGAAGAAGACAACUGCCAUGCAAGAACUUGAUGAUGACAGAUUUUCUAAAAUUAGUCAAGACUAGAGAAGCAGAGUGGAUGGAGACAGAGUGAUUGGAACCAAAAUCAGUAUAGACAAGCCUAAGGUAAUGGCCUCUGGAAAUAAUAUUGAAAAAUUGUCCCUGGUUUCAACUAAACUGUAGUGGAUAAGGAAAGGACAUGUUAUAACUGUACAUAUUUAUGUAGUUCUACAGAACUUUUGUCAGUGUUUAACAGCUGCAUUAGGGCACUAAGAUGAAAAAUUAAAGCACACAAUUACUGCUACUUCCUGACUUGGCAUAAAAUGUUUGCUGUGGCACUUUUUAACAUAGAUUGAUUUCUGCAAAGGUCCCGCAAUAUGUACCUUGAGGGAAGUUAACACUGUCCUCAUGAAGACUCUGAAAAUAUUUAAUACUAAUGUAUCUAGUGUCUACCCAUACCUCUUUUUCACUAGCAAAGAUAGAAGCAUAUAUUCAAAAGACAAAUCAGAGUUUCAAGGUCUCUUUACACUUCUGAUACUCAAAUCACCUAAUAUAUAGAGUUGCCAUUCAGCACAUCUUCUCUGCAGUGGAAGGAAAAUAGGAGCAUUCAUGGGAGGGGUUGACAUGAACAGGUAAUUUUGGUUUGUUACUUAAACUAUUCUGAGCAAUCUUCCAAAACUGUUAGAUUCUUUUUCAGAAAAUCAUGUAAGUAAAGCAGGAAAAUAAACUCUUCAAAAGAGCCUUUUCUUUGGGGUAGGGGUUUAAGGCAUUACAUAUUUUGUUGUGUUUCAAUCAAAUUCACUAAUUUGCCUCUUUUUAAUUUAGUAAUACAUUGGGGGUCUUCCCUUCCCCUUCCCCUGUGAGUCAAACAAGUCUUAUUCAUCUGACCCAUUUCCUUCAAGUAAGGAAAUAUAUGGGGGUUUUUUUAUCUUCAGAAAAGUUAAACUUGUGUAAAAUGAAUAUAUUAACCUAGUGAUUGUCGAGUUAGCUUUUCAUUUUAGUUUCUCCUGUGGAGGAAUUCUCAAAGUAACAUGUUUUCUCAGUGAAAUAAUCCAAAUUCCAUUAGCAGCCAUGAUCUUUAGAAUCUCUUGAGAGGAAACAAUAAACG